CCUAGUCUUUGGUAUAGCAAAAGCGACUUAUAAAGGUUGCUCCAAAGCCCCUUGGUUGAUAGCCGUGCUCAUCAGCUCAGUCCGACCUACAUUCGUUACUAGAACAAGAUGAAGCUUUCUACCUUCGCUACCCUCCUCAACCUAUCCGUAGCUUUGGCAGCCGUUCUCGACACUAGACAGCAAUGUAAUCAGGAUGACUGCUUCCGCGCGGUGUUUGGUAACGGCGGGUUUGGUCAGAUAAUCAGGGCCGGAGAAGACUGCGAUGACUUCCUUACUACAAGUGUGAUCUGGCAUCCAAUGUUUGUAGCCCACCCAAGAUGAACACUACCACACUAACAAUCUACUCCAGCACCACUAUCACGUCAUUUACUCUUACGACAUCUACUCUGACAACACCGUGCCCAACGGAAGUAUUGCCCUUUCCGACAGAUGAGCCCAUUACUUCCGACGAAGAAAAACUAUGGAUUCGACAAGCUCUGCCGACUGGGACCGACUGGUCCACAACAACAGUCUUUGGACCGGUGCCUACAUACGCCUCCCAAGCCUGUGCAUCGCAAGAAUACAAAUCUGUAUGUGGAUGUGCGAGCAUCACCGAAGACAUUGUCACCUAUCUUGGCACCACUGUGACCGAUAUUGAGACUACAACGUAUACCAGCGUUUCGAUCACCGGAACGUCUUGCCCGGUCAUUACACCAUCGUCUUCGAUGAGCUCUUCAACGUCGAGCAUGGUUAUCUCCACUUCGGUCUCCAGUAGUGUUUCUAGCAGCACAACCUCAAGUACAUCGUCAUCCAGUACGGAGAGCUCUUCAUUGUCGUCGACUGGAUCUAGUAGCUCACCUAGUACGCCAACUUUAUCCAAUUCCUCCGUUUCUUCAGCCACGUCGACUGAGUCUAGCAGCUCAUCUAGUAGCUUGUCUAGCGCACCGAUUGUAUCUGCUUCUUCCAGCUCUUCAUCUACAACUCCUGGAAAUUCGUCUACUAGCUCCAGCAGCUCAUCCAGCAGCUUGCCCAGUAGUUCGAGCACAGUAUCCUCUACCACAAGCGGUAUAUCUAACACAGAUUCGAUGUCAUCGUCAAGUAGCUCAUCCAGUACUUCAGGUUCGCCAUCUACUACUUCAGGUACUCUGUCCACGGUGUCAAGCAGCUCGUCAGCUACCUCAGAAGGCCCUGCCACAAGCAGCAUGCUAAGCUCUUCCAUGUCUUCAUCAUCCACCAUCACAUCAAGCUCCUCGUCGGCCACUACAUUGUCCGAGAGUCUUUCAAGCAGCUCUUCGUCAAGCACAUCCGACGUAUCGAGCUUAUCCAGUAGCGUCCCGGCAAGCUCAGCUAGCAGUAUCAAAUCUUCAUCUUCAAGUAGUGCCACACCGACCUCCAGCGACUCAAGUUCGUCUGCUAGUAGUACUUCGUCAUCUUUGUCAUCAAUCACUACCCUGAAUCCGACCUCCGACAGUUCGAGUACAUCGGCUAGCAGUUUAUCAUCCUCGUCUUCGCUAUCAUCGUCCACUACCACAACUCCGACAAUCUCUGGUACUUCGAGCACGUCUGCCAGCAGUUCAUCGUCCCCAUCAUCAUCAUCGUCGUCAUCUUCUACGUCGUCGUUCGGUACUACGACUGCUUCAUCAACCACCGAUACAUCGUCGACCACAUCCACGACAAGCGCAACACCCAGCCCGCCCAUCUGUGGAGGAUUUGGCGUUGGUCUCUGUGAUGGCGCGUGCCGCGACCUCGCGACUGACGUUCUUCACUGUGGCCGGUGCGACAACGCGUGCGCGGCGGGCAAAUACUGCACCAACGGAGUCUGCGCAUCUUUCCCAUGCGAUUCCACCUGCAACUUCGACCGCCUAUGCGGGUCUGGCAACGGAACCACGACGUGCCGCUGCGCAGCGACCAUGGAGGGCGCUGGUGUCUGUUUCAACAAGGAUGCGACAGACUGUACCGACCCGGGUGUUCUCCAAUGCAGAACGUCAGCUAGUUGUCCAAUCGGUACGGCCUGUAUGCCCAGCAUCUGUGACUGUGGAGACACUACCAAGGGAAUCUGUGUUGGCACGACUGGGUGUGGGGAUGCAGGAACGUCUAUCAUGGGAGGCCUGGUCAGGAUUGGAGAGAUGGAGAAGCGCAGGAGGACCGUGAGAGGAUUGGCGAACCAACUCUAAGGAUGGGAUGAAAGCAGGGUGGUAGCAUACGCAGGGGAAGGGCGGCAUCGUGGCUUGUUGUCAUUUAGGGAUAGUUGGGUGCCUGCCAUCGUGCUAGUAGGCGUUGUACAAUGGUUUUCACAACACAAUAUACAUCCUU